AAACACUUUUGUUGCACCCCUAAGUAGGUCUUCAAAAUGGCUGCAAUCGAUUGAAUGGUUGUGAAAUUAUUCAUUGAUGAAAUAGCUGAUUAUAGUUUGGCUGUUGUGUUGUAGGACUGAGUACUGAUCCUCCAACAGAAACAAGAUGCAGUUCCUACUCCAGCUGUACACGAAACCUGUUGAGUUACUCUGAUUGAAGAAGUAAGACUUGGUAGCUAAGAAACUGCUUCUUGUCAGAAUUUGGCUAAUUUAUGUGUAAGCAGCUCUUAUAAAGGGGGUGAAUUCACAGUUGAACAAAAGCCAUUCAUAUUGAAGGGGAUGAAUGGAGCUCAGCCUCUGAACUCAGCGGGUUCAGAUUUGAGUGUGAAGUCAAAAAUGACCCAGCCCCCUCUAGUCUUAGAUACUGAUGAAUGGGCACAUGUCCCUUUGAUGCCAGCUUGUUCCUUGACCAAAAUUAGUGAAUCUACUGGAUCUGUAAUGUUUUUAUUUUGUUGUAGUUGAGCUAAGUUUUUUUUUUUUUUCCCCUCAGAAUAGUUCGGUCUGAUUCCUUGGCAAAGCUGUGCAGUUCUGUUCAGGGAUUAGCCAGCUGCACAGCCCAAAGGGGAGGGACUCUGCAUUCCUGCCCUGCACCUCUGUGUCAAUAUGCUGAGGGGCCCUCUGAGCUAAUUGGUGCAGAGAGUGACAAAAGGUGGUCUGCUUCAAAAGAGGAAUCCUGGUGAGAUGUUCACACUGGAGAAGAGGAUGAAGUUUGUGAAAACUCCUUUAAAUUCUAGCUUCUCCACGUAUUGUCACUUAUGCGCUGAGGUGCAAACGACCGGUGCUAGUUUUUACUUUUGAUGGACCAGUUAAAACAUGACUGAAUGUUCUUGAGGCAGCAGCAGAACUAAACUUUGGAUGAAGAUGAGCUACAUGCAACUGGAGGAAAGCAUAAUCUCUUACCUCUCACAGAGUGAAACCGGUGACUGCCCCAAAGACUUUAAUGUGGUGGGCAUCCUGCACAGCUUCUGGGAGCAGAAGCAGACAGCUCAGUGUAACGACUCCUCCUCUGAGUCGGACAGGUUCUGUGGGAAGCCUGGCAGCCAUGCAGACGGCCUGCUGUUGUACGAGUCAGCACCUCCGCCUGGUCCCCCCUACGUUUGCUACGUCACUCUGCCGGGAGGAAGCUGCUUUGGCAACUAUAAGGUGUGUGAUACCCAAGCAGAGGCUCGCAGGGACGCAGCUCGUGUGGCUCUAAUGAACUCACUGGUCAACGAGUUGCCAUGUCAGCGCAUCACCGUUGAGUUCAUCACUCACAGUCUGAAUCAAGCCGCCACAGAAAACGCUGUUCCUGUGGAGGACUCGUGCGACUCAAGCACCAGCAUAGGAACCUACAGUUUGCUGCUUCAGUCCUACAUGGGACGGACCAUGCUGGAGUUCCAGGAGAUGAUGACGGUGUUCCAGUUGUUGCACUGGAACGGGACAUUGAAGGCUCUGAGGGAAAAGCAGUGCUCUCGACAGAGUGUGAUUACCUACUACUCCCAGCGAGGGCUGGAUGAGAGCAUGCGAAGCAGCAUGGCUCUGGAUUGGCUUGGGCGGGAGCAGAAGUCACCUGGACUCCUGGCAAUGGAGCUGCAAAUGGCACAGAGAGAGUUGGUGCUGGCGCGACGUCGAGGCAUAGAGCUGCGCUUCUACAAAGAAAAAACAGAGAUCCUCAGCCUGGCCCUCAGUCAAGCAUAUGUUCACCACACACCUGGAGUUUUCAGCCCAACUCCAAGUCACACAGACCAGCAUGAACAGCUGCCUUUACAUGUGUUAUACAGCCAGGAUACAGAUGACCAGAUGUUUCAGCACAAUGGCGUGUUUAAUAAUGCCAUGCAAACUUCCACAGACACACCCGCUAACAGCCCCUUACUAUUUUCACAGUGCAUGUUUGUGCCUUUAUAUAACCCUAAAUACAAUGAAUAGGAAAUAAAAUAAUAUGCAUUGUACAUGACAUCUUUGUGAAUGGUGCAGUGUAAGAGGCAUCGGAAAUCAUAACACAUGUCAAUGGCCAUGAUGUUUUCUGAGUUUUUUAAUUAUAUAUUUUAACAGAAAUGAAGUAACACAUUUUUAAUGAGAAUCAUUAGCACUUUGAAACAAGAAAUUGUUAAAAAUAAAAUGCUAAAUCCUAAAUUCAAAGCAUGCACAGCUUUAACCCUAAAAAGCAGAUUGUUCACAUAACUGUUCCCACACUUGUACUCUAAGACCAUGUUGAAUUUCAUUUUAGCUUUGCUGUUGCUACUAUGUUUUCAUUUGUCUUUUAUAGCACAAAGUGUUGCCUGAAACUUAAAUAAAUUGUUGACAUGU